AUGUUAAAUAAAUAUUUUUCAUUUUAUAAGGUUUGUAGAGAAAAGACCAAGCUUUAUAAUUACAUAAAAAGCAUUUUUAUUGAAAAAAUUGAAUAAAUUGAAGAUAGUGUACUCUAUUCAAAUGAUCUACCUUAUGCUGUGUUAACUUUAGAAAAUUCAAGAUUUAUAAAUCCGAAAAUCGGGUAAAAAUUAGCUAAUACAGCAAAGUUAAUUUUUCAUAACCAUGAUUUAACAAAACUAAAAUCUGCUUAGUUUGCAGUUGAAAUAUUAAAUUCUUUACAUCAAUAUACUGAUAAGUCAGAUGCUGAAUUAUAUAAGGAAAUUUAUAAAUUUUACUAAAAUCACCCUUAUUUAUUUGAUAAGAAUUUGAUUGAUAGAUUGUAAUAUUAUUAUCAUUAAUUGGCUGAAAAUGCUAAUUUUGAACAUUUAAUUGAAAUAGAUGCUAAUGUUGGUGCGAUCAGUAAUACAAGAAUGUUUACUCCAGUUGUUUUGGAUUUAUAUAAUAUAAAGAGAUAAAGCUAUUGGAAUUUAAUUGUUAGAUAUGAUCCAAAUAAAUUAACCAGCACUGCUACUUUGACACAUAAAUCUGGGAUUUCAAUUAUAAUGUAAGGAGUUUAUCCCAAUAAUUAUGAAGAUAUAACAGAUACAAAACAAUUAAUAGCUGAGAAAAAGUUUGAUACUGUAAUUUUAAAUUUAGCUCCAUUGAGUAUUCAAUAAUUGGAUGAAAAUAAAAAAUUUGAUAUAAUAAAUAAAAUAACCAACAAUCUAGAAACAAAUAAGAUUUUUAAAGAUCAAGUUUAACAAGUGUUAGUAACUGAUUAUGAACCAAUUAUUGAAGAAUUAAAAAAGAAACUUAGAAUUGAUAAUUCAAAAUAAAUACUUACAGGUAUUUAAUAAGGAUUUGAAGUACCAUAUACUUUAGAAUCAUUAUUAUUCUAUUUUUCUGCUUAAAGAAAAAACUCAAGUUAAACACAUUUAAUUCUCGGAGGGUUAGGAAUUGAUGAUAAAUUAAAAUUACUUUUAAAUUAAUUAAAUCCUUAAAAAAUAACUUAAGAAUUAUAAACCCUUAGAUUUAAAUGGUUAAAUCAAGUUUUUUCACAUGUUGCUAAAGCACAAAAGAUUGGAUGUUUUGUAUGUGGCACAUAACCAGAAUCUUUAAAUCCCCCUUCAAAGAUUUUGAAUGAAAAUCCAGUAUUAUAAAAUAUCCAAUCAAAGUUUUUAGCUGAUAUUGCUUUAAAAUAUAUUGGAAAUAGUAAUAAGAAGAAUAUUUUAUUGGUUUUAAAUUAAUCGAUAUUUUAUGAUACUUUAAAAUACAUUGUCGAAGCUGAAAUCAUAAAAAAUGAUUUUAAUAUUGAUGAAUAUCGCUUCAAUCUAAUUAAAUAAAAAUUAGGAAUAUCUCCUUUGAAUUAAAAUUAUCUGAAUUUAUUUAAAUAAUUUUAUGAAGAGUAAUUUAUUAAAUAUCAUCCAUAGUUCUUUAUAGACUAAUCAAAUAUAUAAAUUGUGCUCUUAGGAAAUAUUAGAUUUGAAUAAAAUCUCAAAAUUAAAAUAUUUACCAGGAUAAUAGAUUCGUUGUGGUAUAAGGGACAUUUUAUUUUGA